UGGGGGUGAUCCUGGUGGUGCUGGGGUGGGACUGGGAGAUCCUGGAGGGCUCUCCCAGCCUUGUUUCUGUCAUUCUGUCACCAGGGUGCGUGAUUUAAAAUCCUCAGAGGAUUCCUCUUGCUUUUGCAGGGCUACUGCAGGCCAAGGCCUUGGGGCUGCAGGUGUUCCAUGGUGGCACAGCGCUGAGGGAUGGCAGGGUGGUGACGAGUGGUGGCAGAGUGCUCUCCAUCACUGCUGUCCGGGAGGACCUGCUGGAAGCCCUGGGAGAAGCCAACAGGGGCGUGGCCACCAUCCACUUCCAGGGAGCCACGUACAGGAGGGACGUCGGCCAGCGGGGCCUGCGGCUGCUCCGACAGCCCCUGUAUGGCCCUGAUGUACAAAGAGAGACGGGUGGAAGCCGCAGCCAGGGACGUUCUGUUUCACCUGCCACAAACAUCAGUUGUGAGUGGUACCAGAUCAGGCAGUCGCCCAGAACUGGGAGGCUUUGCUGGUUUCUUUGACUUGAAGACAUCUGGUUAUGAGGAUCCCAUCCUGGUGUGUCAAACUAAAGGCCUUGGAGCUAAACUGCAGAUGGCACAAGCCUGUAGGAGACACACCACCCUCGGGCAGGACCUGGUGGCCCUGUGUGUCAAUGCCCUGCUGCCCCACGGAGCAGAGCCCCUCUUCUUCCUCAGUUAUUUUGCCUGUGGCAAACUUGAUGCUGAAGUGACUGAGACGAUCCAAGAAGGAAUAGCUGAAGCCUGCAGGAGUGCAGGAUGUGCUUUCCUGGGGCAGGCGCUGUCCCAGCUCCCGGGCGCGUGUUCCGCGGGGGACUCGGACCUGGCCGGCUUCGUGGUGGGCGCGGUGGAGCGAGGGCAGGUGCCCCUGGGGCUGCAGAGAGCCGAGGAGGGGGAUGUGCUCCUGGGACUGGCCUGCCCCGGGAUCCACGGCCGCGGCUUCGGCGCCGUCCGGAAGGUUCUGCUCGUGUCCUCCCUGCGCUGCUCGUCCCCCGCCCCUGGCACCUGCGGGGACACCACGCUGGGAGAGGCCCUGCUGAGCCCAGCCAGGCUGUACAGCCCAGCCCUGCUGCCCGUGCUGCGCUCGGGCCACGUGAAGGCCUUUGCCCCCAUUGCUGAGGAGGGGCUGCUGGGGGGCAUCUCCAGGGUCCUGCCGGAGCACGUCGGCGCCGUGCUGGACGCUCUCAGCUGGAAGAUCCCUGAAAUCUUCUGCUGGCUUUACAAGGAGGGGAACCUCUCUGCAGAGGAGAUGGCCCAGACCUUUCCCUGUGGGCUCGGGGCGGUGCUGGUGGUGCAGCAGGACCUGGCCCAGCACGUCCUGGGGGCCAUCCGGAGGCGGGAGGAAGCUUGGCUCAUCGGGAAGGUGCUUGCCCCGUGUCACACAGGAGGUUCCCACAUCCAAGUGGAGAACCUGGUGGAGGCCCUGCAGCAGAGCAGCCCCCAGGGCCUGCUGGGUGACACCACCAUGGAGCCUCGGCACCAGCCCAGGAGGAGAAAGGUGAAGGUGGCAGUUCUCGUCUCUGGAACAGGCACGACCCUCCCCGCGCUCAUCGCUUACACCAGGGAGCCAGGCAGCUGUGCCCAGCUCGUCCUUGUCAUCUCCAACAAGUCUGGCGUGGAAGAACUGCGGAAUGCAGCCCGGGCUGGAAUUCCCACCAGGGUGAUUGACCACAAGUUGUACGGGAGUCGCUCGGAGUUCGACAGCACAAUCGACCGAGUGCUGGAGGAGUUUGCUGUGGAGCUGGUCUGUCUGUCAGGAUUUAUGAGGGUUUUGUCCAGCCCUUUCCUCCGAAAAUGGAAAGGGAAAAUUUUGAAUGCUUCUCCCUCACUUUUUCCACUCAUCAAGGAUGGAAAUGCCCCUCAGGAGCCCCCACAAAGUGGAUUCAAGGUCACAGGCUGCACCGUGCAUUUUGUCCUGGAGGACUCCGGCGCCAGGGCCGUGAUCCACCGGGAGCCCAUCCCCGUGCGGGCGGAGGACACGGAGCAGGCGCUGGCGGAGCGGGUGAAGGAGGCCGAGUGCCGCGCCUUCCCCGUGGCCCUGCAGCUCGUGGCCAGCGGGGCCGUGAGCCUGGGAGCCGAUGGAAGAACCUCCUGGAAGCAGGAGAGCCAAAGUCUGGGACUGCACGGGGAGAAGGGAGACUGCACGUCCUCCCUUGUGGCUCCGGAGCCUCCGGAACACGGUGGGGAGUAGGCGGGUAACGAGGGGCUCGUUCGUGCUCACCUUCCCUCCCCCUCCUCCUCCCUGUGCUGCUCUCUGAUGUGUCCAUGGCUCAGGUUUCCACUCCCAGCCUUUUCCCUCAGCUCACAACUUUCCUUACACUCCUCUCGGAAAACCGGCGGUGGAAGCCCAGCUGUGCUUUCAGAUUUGGAAUUUCUUGGUUCUGUUCCUUGGUCUGUGAAGGACAUAACGAGUCCCAGGGAUGGCUCCGGCUGUGGAACUGCUCCGCUGCUCCCGAGGGAAAGUCUUUCUUCCAAGGGAUCCGUUUUUGUGGCUGCACCACACAGCAGAGCCCUGGGAGCUUCCCAAAACAACCCCAGACAGGGACUGGGGAGAGCCCUGGGAGCUUCCCAAAACAACCCCAGACAGGGACUGUGCUGCUCUCAGAGCAGGAGGAGAAAGAUGUGGAGCUGCUGGAGAGAGUCCAGAGGAGGCCACGGGGAUGCUCCCAAGGCUGGAACCCCUCUGCUCUGGAGCCAGGCUGGGAGAGCUGGGGGGGCUCACCUGGAGAA